CAAGGAAGAAGCAGCCCCGCUUGAUGUGGGGUUAUGAAGUCCUGGAGACCUAUACUGUCUUCCUCCUCUUUCCUUGAGAUCAAUCUCUGCUGCUGAAAAAUUCACCCUUUCAUCUGAUUUUUCCAUCAACCCCUCAGUGCCUCUUCCACCAUGAGUAUGGGAAGUGACUGCAACGUCCACGGCCUCGAGUUUCGCGAAGCCAAACCCUCCCAAGGCGACCCCUCACGCCCCGUCUCAGAGCUCUUUCGUCUUGACAAUCGGACCAUCAUAAUCACCGGAGCUACUGGUUUUCUAGGAACAACACUCGCAAUCGCCAUCCUCGAAAGCGGCGGCGAUGUCGUCUGCCUCGACCUUGCUUCCGAACCGACCGCUUCGAACUGGAACGAAGUUCAAGCCACCGCUACCAAAUACUCAGGCCAACUGACCUACUACCCCCUCGACGUGACGGACGAAACAGCAGUCGAAAAAACCUUCGCCCACUUCAUCCCUACCCUAAGAUACCCCCUCAAAGGCCUGGUCGCCUGCGCCGGUCUAUCUCGGAAUGGUCCCGCUACUGAAUUUCCCGUAUCAACAUUCCGUCGUGUUCUAGAUAUCAAUGUCACCGGGACGUUCCUCAUAGCUCAGGCAACUGCUCGGGAGAUGAUGAAGACAAAUACCACGGGUAGUAUGGUCUUUGUGGCUAGUAUGAGUGGGUAUGUGUCGAAUAAGGGCGUCGACACCGCCGGAUACAACGCCAGUAAAGCCGCUGUUCACCAACUGACGCGCUCUCUAGCUGCAGAAUGGGGCUCCCGUCUUGGAAUGCCUCUAAUUAGGGUGAAUUCACUCUCCCCGGGAUACAUCCGUACCGCAGCGACGGCCGAAGCGCUCCAGAAACCCGGUAUGGAGAGCCAGUGGAUAGGAGAUAACAUGCUGUUUCGGUUAAGUACGGCGGAUGAGUUCCGAGCACCAGUGCUGUUUAUGCUUGGUGAUGGAAGUAGCUUUAUGACGGGGGCGGAUCUGCGGGUUGAUGGUGGGCAUUGUUCGUGGUAG